UUGUCCCACUGUGUAUUGCAGGGCUCAAUGCGCCAAUUUAAAAUUCCAUACAGUAACUACCGUUAUUCAAUUUUCGUUAAGUUGUUGACUGAUAUGGAUUUUGGCAGUUUUAUAAAAUUUUAAUAUAUUUCAAUCUUAAUUUAAUUGAAGAUUUGAAUAUAAAGCCGAUCAAGUAAGAACAAAAAAUAAAAAUGCCGCGUAUUCCAAGUACUUUGGAAAUGUUACAAAAUGCAUUGAAUGCGUUAUAUGGAGUUCACGAGGGUUCCACUAUGGAAGAUAUAUUGCAAAAAGUGGAGGAGUUGACUCAUAUAAGUUUGACAACGCGACGCUGUUCUCUUUUAAGAAAGCAUAUCUUACAAUUUCUCAGCGAUGAUGUGAUAGUUUGUGUUAGUGGUGAAGGAUUUGAGGAACGUUACCGUCUUAAAAUAUUUAAUUAUUUCUUGGGUUCACCAGAUGAUAUCAUGGAGAAUGUAAAUGAUUUAAAUAUCAUAUUUGAAGAAAACGAAAUACUUCGGAAAGAGAAAUUGAGGCUCUCUUCCCAGCGGUUAACAAAGCGAAGGUACACAAUGCACGACCAAACUGAUUUACCUAGUGAAGAACCAUUAUGGAAGAUAUCUAAGAGGUCAUCAGUACAAACAAAUGAUGUUGCGGUACAAACGGAACCCAUUAUGCAAGAAACUCCAAACAUGAUAGAUUUUGCAGAUCUCGAAUGCAAUUUCUUAAAUACAUUUAAUGAAGUUGCGGGAGAAAGCGAGGUGGAGUUAUCCAAUAUAAGCGGACUAUCACAAUUAUGUGACUUCAGUGAUAUGGAAGUGAAUAAUAAUGAAGUGCCUGACGUGGCCAAUGUUACUGAUGUCCAAUGUAUAGCGGCACCCAUGUCACGCGGCACCCAAUGUAGUCCUCCGAUAUCGGAAUCGAAAAAGAAAAGCCGAAGGAAGUCAAUAUAAACUUAAUAGACUUAAUUUUUGAAAUGUUUUCUUUUUUUGUUAAUUUGAAAUAACUGUUUCUCUUUUUUAUGUUUUUUAUUUAUUAUAGUUUGUUUUGGUUAUAGUCUUCUAAGUAUUACUUGGUUCGUAUGCAUAGUUCAUACAUUCUUUCACUAAUUUUUGAUUGUUAAAAUUAGUUUUUUUGUUUUUUGAUCCAAUUUCAUAACAUUUUGUGCAAAAAUAAUUUGUUUUGUUUUAAAAAUUGGGAAAAGCAACAAUUCAAUUUCCAAUAUAUUUAUAUGAUAUUUUGGUCAAUAGUGCUCGGCUUUUC